AUGGAGGGACGGAGCCGCGGUGUUCGGAGAGGCGGCGUCCCCGGGCCUCGGCUCGCGCCCCGGGCUGCGCGGCCCGCGGCCCCGCGCCUGGACCUGCUGGCCAAGGAGGAGGAAUACAAGCGUUUGAAUGCAGAAUUGGAGGCCAAAACAGCUCGUCUGGUUCAGCAAGCUGAGGAAGUACUAAGGGAUCAACAGGAAAUACAAUCUCAGCCUUUAUCAGCACACAUCAAAUCUUCUGAAGAAGGAAAUGCCAGUUCAAGAGGCCUGUUGUCAUCUGAAGGGCUAAUUCAUCUACAUUCAGAUACCAAGCCAAAGGCCACAAACAUUGUUCCUAUAAACAAGGUUCCAAACAAACUGCACUCUGGAAAAAAAGGAAGACAAACAAAUUCAAGGUACACUAGUGUGCAGACAGCCAGCGAUGUUGCCCUGCCAGAGGAUUGCUCAGACUUUUCCCUUGCAAAGACAAUUAGCAAAAUUGAAGGACAGCUGGAGGAAGAAGGCUUCCCCGAGCACACAGAUGAUGACAUUUUCUCCAGCAUGAGUACAGGUAUUGGGACAGAGACGCAGAUCAGAUUUCUAAAGGCCAAACUCAAUGUUAUGCAGGAGGAAUUGGAUAAAGUUGUAUGUGAAUGCAAUAAAAAGGAGGAUGAAAUUCAUGAUUUAAAGUCACAAGUGAAAAGUUUUGAAGAAGAUUGCUCGAGACAGCAGCGAACAAUCACUGCGCAACUGUCCCAAAUAGAAAAAUACAAAACUCUUUUUGAAGAAGCAAACGCACGAUGUGACGGGCUGCAGCAGCAGCUGCUGGCCGUAGAAAAGGAUUUAGAAAAUAAAAGGCGACUACAAAAACAGGCUGCAACUAGUCAAAGUGCCACGGAGGUUCGCUUGAACCGAGCCCUGGAAGACGUGGAGAAGUACAAACUGGAGCUGAGUAAAUUAAGGCAGAAUCACAAGGUGUGCAGACUUGGGAUAGUGCUCACCAUUGGUAACUUCUUUUAUGCAAACAUCUAA